CCAAACCCCCCUCACAUACCUGCCGCAGGUGAAACAACAGACCACAUCUCGCAAGCACGCUCAAAGGCACCUCUAAUCCGCACCAUGUCGUUCAAGAGCCCUUCCAGGAGUUUCUCCAGCUCAAGUCUUUCUAGCAGCAUGGGGUCAAGGGGUGGUUUGUUUGGGGCUAUUUCCCCAGCCACUAUAGGGAAUCUGGCAAACACUCUGCGUCCGAUGGUGCAGAUCAACAGCAGCACUUUUCCCCAAGCUGAUGAUAAAGAGACCAUGAAGGGUCUGAAUGACCGUCUGGCGGGGUAUCUGUCAAACGUACGACUCCUGGAGACCUCCAACAAUCAACUGGAGGAGCAAAUCAAAGAGGCUCUGAUGAGGAAAGGAGCUGAGAUCGGCAGAGACUGGAGCGGCUAUGAGAAGAUCGUUAAUGAUCUGAGAAACCAGAUCCAGGAAAUGACUAUGGACAAUGCCAGACUUGUCCUGCAGAUAGACAAUGCGAGGCUUGCUGCUGAUGAUUUCAAAGUCAAGUUUGAGUCGGAGCAGGCCAUGCGGCAAGGGGUGGAGCAGGAUCUGGCACGACUCCGCAAGAUGCUGGACGACACUUACAUGGGCCGCAUGCAGCUGGAGGGCCAGAUCGAGUCUAUGAGAGAAGAGCUGGCGUUCCUGAAGAAGAGCCAUGAGGAGGAUGUUGCCAACCUGACAAACCAGAUCAGCAACUCCCAAGUCAAUGUGCAAAUGGAGACUAAAAACAGUGCAGACCUCAAUGAGACCAUUGAUAACAUCCGCACGCAGUAUGAGCGAGCCGCGCAGAAGAGCCGCGAGGAAACUGAAGCCUGGUAUCAAAACAAAUUUGACAACAUCACAGCUGAGGUGACUCAGAACACAGAAGCUCUGCAGGCAGGAAAGACAGAGCUGAAUGAGCUGCGCAGGCAGAAACAAUCUCUAGAAAUUGACCUGCAGACUCUGCACAAUAUGAUUCGAUCACUUGAGGAUUCACUGCGUGAAACAGAAGCACGUUACGCUCAUGAAGUCAAUGGGUACAACUCUCGAAUCCUGCAGCUGGAGGGAGAGCUGGGACAGGUGCGUGCGCAGGUGGAGCGUCAGGCAGCCGAGUACGAUGCCCUGCUCAACAUCAAGUCCAAACUGGAGGCAGAGAUUGCCACAUAUCACCGUCUCCUGGAGGGUGUUGUGGAUGACAGCGGGGACAAAAACAGAGAGGAAUUUUCUUUAGAGCAGGCGUUGUAUGCAGCUCCUCCUCCUCAUUCCGUCGGACUUAAGAAAGCCAUCAUCAUCACACAAGAAAUAGUGGACGGAGAAGUGGUCUCUCAGAGGGAACUUGAGCAAAAUCUUACUAAUCACAAUGACCUGGAAGUUUCUGGGGAGGAUCAGGAGUUGACAGACCAACUGGAGCUAGCAGUGGAAGAGGCAAAAGCAGAGGAACAGGAAUUAACAGAACAACUGGAGUUAGCAGUAGAGAAUGUGAAAGCAGAGGAAGAGAAAGUAGUAGAACAACUGGAGUUAUCAGUAGAAAAGGUAAAAUCAGAAGAAGAGAAAGUAGUAGAACAACUGGAGUUAGCGGUGGAAAAGGUGAAAGCAGAGGAAGAGUUUACAGAACUGCCGUUAGCAAAGGAAGAUGAGUUAGUGGAGGACAGAGAAGUCACCUGCUGAACACGAUGAGGAGGAAGAAGCUUCUCAAGAUGUUGUGAAGAAAAAAUGACUUUUUUUUACUGCUGUCUCAUUCUAAUCUUACAGCCUCAGUGGUUCUUCAUCUCUGUCUUUGUUCACUUCUUCUUGCUCAGUUUUUCUUUGUGUUGACCAUUUUAUCAAUCUCCUAUGCCACAAUUAAAUAUGUAUGAGCUUCA